CGUAAAGGAGGCGGCGCGGCGCCAUGACUCACUCACUGUCACCUCCUCUGAGAAAUACUAAUGUCCCGGAGACCCUUGCGCUCAACCGUGCGUGUGGAAACACAGAACUGCACUUGACUCGCUGAACUUGGGCUCUGCAGCUGUUUCCACACAGCGAUGACAGCGACGAGCCGGAGACGCGGUGCGCGUCCAUCUACUCAAACACCUCCGGAUCGAGUCCUCGCGUUCGCUGACACUCUGCUGAGGGUUCAACGGUGUUCAAACCAAAUCAGCAUGGAUGCUUACGAGUUACGACCAAAUCUAUUCUGAUUGAAGCUGUUCACCUAAAAUUUGGGUGACUCACCAAGAACUGCUCUCCAGCUAAAAAUACUCCUCGGCACAUGCCAAAGUGCUUUUAGCUUUGUCCUUGCUUUCCGCUUGGUGACACCAGCCAGACUUUCAGUGUGAAUCUACGAGUGGCCGUCAGAACCAUGCGGACGGUUCCCAACCAUCGCAGAUGUGCACAAACAAGCCUUUCCUCACAUUUACAGUGCUUUAUGAACGACUUGCAGAGCAUUUUGACACCUUCAAACAUCGAUGCAUCAAACCUGAGGCCUGGAAAGCACAAUGCCAUUCGUGUCAUUUUCAUUGUUCUGUAAGAUGUUGCAGCUGCACAUGGUUAUGAACAUGUCAAAACAUCCUUCCAGUUUAUGACUUUAUGACAAAAGAAUCUGAUGUUCUCCUCAGCAUAAUAUGUUUAGUUCCCCCUUUGUUUGUUUUUUUACCCACUGCGAUUUUCCACGAAUCAUUAAAAGCUCAUCUAGGGCAUUGAGAAAUGAGACAGCAUAAAUUUCAUCAAGUUCCCUCACAGCUCUACUGGAAAUGCUUUGAUUUUCUUGUACCGCAGCCAAUGCAGUAGUACUGUUUUUUUUGUGUUUUUUUUGGAGAGAAUCCGAUAUUAAGGUGCAAACUGAGCUGGGUGCCACGUGGCUCACAAUCAGACCACUAUUAAAUGCCUGGAAGUCUUGAACAGAUGGUUCCCCUCAAAGACAACAUGACCCCUGAGUCAUUCUCCGAGAACUGUACCAACUGCAGCCAAGUCAUCGGCCCGGAGCUGAACGUCAUGAAAGCCGUGGUUCUGGGAACGGUGUUGGGGGUCUUCAUCGUUUUUGGCGUUUUGGGCAACAUCCUGGUUAUCCUCUCUGUGGCUUGCCACCGUAAUCUACGCACGGUUACGCAUUACUUCAUCGUGAACUUGGCGGUCGCGGACCUUCUGCUAAGCUCCACGGUUCUUCCCUUCUCCACAGUCUUUGAGAUGCUGGGUCGUUGGGUCUUCGGACGGACUUUUUGUGAUGUCUGGGCGGCCAUGGACGUCCUGUGCUGUACGGCGUCCAUCAUGAGCUUGUGCGUGAUCUCGGUGGACCGCUAUAUUGGCGUUAGCUAUCCUUUGCAGUACCCGUCCAUCAUGACGGAGCGACGGGCGUUGCUUGCACUCAUUGUUCUGUGGGCUCUAUCAAUCACCAUCUCCAUUGGACCUCUCUUCGGCUGGAAGGAACCGGCGCCAGAGGACGAAUCCAUAUGCAAGAUAACCGAGGAACCCGGCUACGCCAUCUUCUCCGCGUUGGGGUCAUUCUACCUUCCAAUGGUGGUGAUUCUGUCAAUGUAUUGCCGCGUGUACGUGGUCGCAAAGAGGGAGACUCGAGGACUGAUUAGUGGACAAAAAACGGAAAAGUCUGAUCACGCCACCGAGGCCGUCACCUUGCGGAUACACAGAGGGAACGCGACGGUGUCCGAGGACGAGGCUUUGCGCAACCGGACAAACUUCACGCUGCGUCUGCUCAAGUUCUCGCGGGAAAAAAAGGCCGCUAAGACGCUGGGCAUCGUUGUUGGAUGCUUUAUCCUUUGUUGGCUGCCGUUUUUCCUGGUUCUUCCGAUCAGUUCCAUCUUCCCGACGUACAGACCCUCGGACACAGUCUUCAAGAUAACGUUUUGGCUGGGCUAUUUCAACAGCUGCAUCAACCCCAUAAUCUACCCCUGUUCCAGUCAGGAGUUUAAGAAAGCGUUCCUGAGUGUUUUGGGAGCGCGCUGCCUCCGCAAGAGGCCGUCCCACCCGCUGUACCAGAGCCACAGCCCUCGGCACGGCCAGUCUCAGAUCCUCGGCCUGUCGAGCCGAGACAAUCCGCCCCAUCUGAGCCCGUCUUCUUCUAUAGUGCUGUCCCGCAGCCCUUCCUCCAGGGAGUGGCAGGCCCCUUCCCGGACCUCGUCGGUGGGGAUGACGGGGGUCAGCGUGGGAGCCAAAGUGGCGGGGAUGUGUGGUAAGAACCUGCUGAGGACGUGUUGCAGCGUGAUCGCGGAUUCGCCGCAGCCCGAACCGCCUGCGCACAACUCGCUUCCCGUCAUCAAAAUCCAUCAGCUCUCGCUGUGUGAGGACGGGGAUGCGGUGUGAAAGAGACUCACGCUGUCUGCGAACACAAACGGAUGAACAAAAGCCAGACGCUUUGGGUUGAAACGAUCUGUGCUGGGAAUAUUGAAAGCUGAUGCAACGCUGUUGAUGCUUAUUAAAGGGACAGUUUACCAUUAAAUGUAAACUCACUCUGAUGUUGUUCGAAACCUGUCAAUUGACAGUCAGUGGAUUAAAACGCAUGAGGGUUUGAAGCUUCAUCAGAGGGAAAUGCAUAAUGACUUAACCCUGUAAAGCCUGAAUUAUAAAAUCAAAACAAUCUAAUUGCUGUAAUGGAACAGUUUACUGAACAAAAUCAGAAAAAAAAGUUUGCAUAUAUUAUGUUUUAUAUCAUAUUUGAUACAUCAGGCUUUUAUGAUGCUUCUAUACUGAGAAUAUUGAGCGCAUAAUUGAGGAGGGGGAAAAAAUUAUUCAGUGGCUCAAACUGAGCAAAAAUAUGCAAUUUGGUCGGUGCAGAUGCUGAUAUUUAUAUGACCAAAAAUAUUAAAUGCUUGUAA